GCACGUCGCGGUGGAUUUGGACAGGGGACUACAUUGUUUUCAAUUUUCUGCUUGUCAUUGUUAUUUGUAUUCGAUCGUUCUAACUGCUAAGUGCAAGUAAAUUUCAAGAGCUUUCUCAGUCGUGGGCUCACUUUUCCCCAUGUUUUUUUCUAGAUUUUCUCGCUUACUCUUCCCUAGUACUCUACGUUCUUUCAGGCUAGAUGCGAGCCAUUACACUCAGUAGUAUGAGAUUUCUUCGUAAAGAUAAUUAGCCAGUCAUUAUCAUCUGGAAAGUAUUCUUAAAUGUCUUAUCUUGAAUCUUUUUCAACCUGUACAAAGGUGAAAAGAUGUUCCCAGUCAAUCUGCUCAGAAACAUUCGAAAAAGAUCUGAAAUAUCCCCGCCUGUUGGAUAAUUCAAGAAAUAAUAUAAUCCAUACUCUAUCAUUAUACAAUGUUGAUUACAGUUCAAAAAAUCGUUUAAACGAAUUUGAAAAUAUUAACAAUUCUUCAUGUAGUCAUGAUCGACUUGCUCAAUUAUCCGCUUUAAUUGAUCAAUGUUCACAUGGCGAAUUGUUGCAUAUAAAAAAAACUAUAAAGCCAUUGUUGAAACGAGAUUUUAUUGCAUGUUUACCUGUUGAAAUUUCUUUACAUAUCUUACAAUAUUUAUCACCUCGAGAUAUAUUUCAUUGCGCUCAAGUUUCCAAGACUUGGCAACUUGUUUGUGAUGAUAAUUUACUUUGGCAUCGUUUGUGUGUAGGUGCUGGAUUGUUUAACACAUUAUUCAACAAAUCUACAAUUAACUUUUAUUCAGGUACCCAACUGAAUUGUCUUUUGUGUGUAAAUAAGCCUACAAAUUCACUUUGUAAUGAAACAAAAUCCCUUAUUGAAAAUUUUAUCAUCAAUAAUAGUAUUAACACUAAUGAUGGUGACAAUUUUAAAGUACAUGAAUGUGAUGUGACCAUGAAAAAUGAUCAUAUUCAAUCCCUUGACACUGAUGGUGAAUCAACUUGUGCAUUAUCUUAUACUGGUGAUUCUUCGAACCGUUCUUGUUUGAAUGAGGUUAAUUGGAAGUCUUUAUAUCGUCAAGAUUUACAUACUCAGUGUAAUUGGAGAAAUGGUGGACCAUGGCAUCCUAUCAUUGUACCAGCUCAUCAUAAUCAUGUUAUCACUUGUUUAGAAGUAUAUGAAGAAUGGGCGAUCACUGGGUCAGAUGAUUCAAGUAUCUGUAUAUGGGAUAUUAAUACUGGGCAGUGUUUAAUUAAUUUAUUCGGUCACCUUGGGGGUGUUUGGUCAAUGACUGUCAUACCACGUCAAUUAAUAUUUCUAUCAGAGCAAAAACAAUUAUCUCAGCAUCCUUUACUUAUAUCUGGUAGUUGUGAUCGAACAGCUCGUGUUUGGCAAUUGGAUGGUCAACGUUGGCCUUGUAUAGCCACGUUGUUUGGACAUCAAUCAACCGUCCGAUGUUUAGCUAGUCAAAAAUUACAUUCUAGUCCGAAAUUUGUUGUUACCAAUUCGAACUGUUAUAAACGUUCGACAGAUGUGUAUAGUAAUGAUAAUAAUGAUAGUAUUGAUGAUAAUACUGCUAAUCAUACUAUUAAGAAUGAUAAUGACGAAGAUGGUGUCGGAGAUGAUGAUUCAGAUAAAGAAUUAACUCACAAUAUGUUUAAUAAUCAACAAACUCUUCGUAGUCAUGAUAGCACACCUAAAACGACUUCAAAUAUUCAUCAGACCAACAGUAGUAGUAGUAGUGAUGGUAGUAGUAAAUUGUUUGGUCCAAUUCCAUCAAACAGUGAGCCUAAUUCGACGAUUAAAAUGGAGAAACAACAGCAAACUUUUCAAAAUGGUCACUUAGUUGUUACAGGUAGUCGUGAUACAACUUUACGCCUAUGGAAUGUAGUAACUGGUGAAUGUAUACAAGAAUUUCGAGGUCAUCGUGGAGCAAUACGUUGUGUUCAGUUUACUGGUAAUCAAAUUGUUUCCGGUAGCUAUGAUUGUACAAUCCGUUUAUGGUGUGCCCUACAAGGUCAUUGUCUACGUGUUUUCAGUGCACAUACAAAUCGUGUUUACACUUUAUUAUUUGAUGGUUAUCAUAUUAUCAGUGGUUCAUUAGAUACAACUAUACGUAUAUGGAAUGCACAUACUGGUACAUUGAAACAAACAUUUUACGGUCAUCGUUCAUUAACAAGUGAACUAGCAUUUGGUUCUGAACAAAAUAUUCUUGUGUCAAGUAAUGCCGAUGAAACGAUACGAGUCUGGCAUAUGAAUAGUGGGAAGUGUGUACAUGUUCUUGCUGGACCUCAUAAACAUCAAUCAGCUGUUACAUGUGUUCAAUUAACUCGUAAUUUUAUAAUAUCAUCUGGUGAUGACGGUACGGUGAAAUUAUGGGAUAAGCAGUCUGGUGCGUAUAUUCGAGAUCUUUUACGCCUUGAUGGGGCUGGACGAGGCGGUGUUAUCUGGCGUAUAGUUGCUUCUGAAGAACGUCUAAUAUGUGCUGCUGGAAGUCGAAUUGGUAUGGAACCGACAAAAUUAGUUAUUCUACAGUUUCAAGAACCAAAUCUUUGUUCAAAACACUCGAACAAUUUUAAUAGUAGUAAUAAAAUAUUACCUCAUAUCUGUCGGCCUAGACAUAAAUAUGCUCCAGAACCAAGACUUAGUCAACUGAUAUGCACCAAUUUCAAUACAACCUAAUAUUUUAUCAUUAUCAUUUUUGUUGGAGAUAAUUAGGAUAAAUUUAUUCACUGUUUUAGAUACAUUUCAAUGAAAAAUCUUUUAAAAUUCAUAUUUUAUUGAAUUGUGUACAUAAAUCGGCUUGUUUACUCGUUUGGCCUUCGUAUUAUUGAUAAUUCUUUCUAAAGGCGAUAGAGUUGUCACCAACACAUUAAUCAAUAAUCACACAGAUAAUGGUAAAUUCGAGGUUCCAUAAUUGAUUGAUUCUAAUAUCGUUAACGUUUUGUGCAAAAGGUUCCAUUGAUAUUUUAAAAGAAAAUAUUUAACCAUGAAAAUCUAACCCCAUCUCUGGUGUUCGACCAAACUUAAAUACAUUAAUUAACGGUAAUAAUGAUGACUGUCAACAGUUAACGGAAAUUUCCGGAUUUUAUGGUUAACAUCACAAACUAAUUUUAGAUAGCGCUGGACAGCUAUUAAGACAAAACAGCUAUCCAAUGUUCCCCUACUUUCCAGUGAUGUUAACUACAUGAUAAUGGUUUUUCAUACUUACUAACACAAACCUUUCUACCCCCCAGCCGACUUAUUCCUGUCCCGAUCUUCUUUCUGAUUACAUUUUAUUUCAAUUCUAAUGCCAUGUUGCGCAACUCCACAGUUUUCUUGAUGAAUAUUCAAACCCUUGAAAACUAUUUAACCUUCUCAGUGACAUUAACAUCUCAUGCUUUUACACCUCUGUUACAAAGUUCAGUAAAUUCUCAACAUUAACGAGAUUUUCAAUUCUUACAUAUUAGAAAUAUAUUUUAUUAUCAACAGGCAUAUCGUUCCCCAUUCAUCAUGAAAAGUAGCGUAAUGAACGACAACUUCGACAUAUUAUAACGUGUUAAUUGUGUUAUAUUGCUUUUUUUUUGAGCCAUAUGAAAAUCACCUAAGAUGGUGUUUUGUUAAUAUAUUAUAUAAUUGUUAAGCCGAUUGUACACACAAGAGCAAAAAUGUAAUUGGCCGAAUUCCAAACCUAGAAUGAACCAACUAGAUAGCUUUUUGAGUCUUCUAAGUAGUCAGCAACUUGGUUCUUUAUGAAAAAACCUAGUAACUCUAAUAGGAAUGCUGUCACAACCUUAUCAAAUGCUUUAAAACCAUAAAGUGUUUUUUCUACCAUUUUUGUAAAUUAUUACAUGAUAUGGGUAAUAAAGUAAAAAUUCCAUAUUGUCGGAUUCUGGUCAGACAUUUUGUUUUCAAAUCGGUAACCUGAUUGUUAGGUGCCACUCAAUGUAAGAUCGAAAAUGCUUGGCCCAUAAUGGGAUGGUAUUUGUUUCUUACAAGAUAACAUAAUAUUUCCAUUUGGACUACGAUAUAAACGUCCCCACUGAGGUUUCAGCAUAUUUUCAAUUUACUAUCUCCCUACUAUAAUCUAAAAUAUAUGCGUGUUGAUUAACCUGGCAACUAGUGGUUUGUUCCCUCCUUCGAAUUUGGCUGGGACAAGCAAUUCAAUAGUACAUUCGCUUAGGUCUUCUAAAUCGACAGUUGUCUGGAAAGUAGAUCAGUGUUUGAGUAACAUGCAGAAGUAUAGUCAUGAAGACAGGUUAGUGUACAACGUGAUUACAGCACAAAGUUUAAAGCCUGAUGAGUGGAAUCGCAUACUAGUCAUAAGUUGAUUAGCUCGAUAGCAAUAUAACUAAAAGCAAGCUCACCGAAUUUAGACAAGCUCGACAAAUGGUUUUAGUUACCUCGGCGUUAGCCAGCCGCCAGUUGGGCAAUUUGACCAAUACACACAUUAUUUUCUUCAGAACAUUUAGUUGGAUUGAUGAGCACUUUGACCGUUGUCGAAAUACUUCCUCAUUUGAUUAUGGUUUUCCGGAAAUUGGUGACCACUUUUUUCCCUCAACACUAACAGGUUCGGUUGUUAAUGAGGAGUUACUACAUUAUAAGAAACCUACUGAGUUUAUUAACACAUCAGGCGUAUCCAACCAUCAUUGAUAUCGUCUAAAAACUCUGUACCUUUGACUCGUAAGUCAGUUCUUAAGUCUUGAGGAGUGCUGGCUGUUUAUACCUAG